AUGUCAAAAAAAUGUAUAAAAUGAAUUUUUCUCUGAUUCGUUCUCAAUUCGAGAUGCGCUUAACACAUCUCCUUCUUCUGUUCUUCGUUGGCUCCACAUUAUUUUUGAAUGUGGAGUCAAGGGCUAGGGACCCAAGGGUUAAACCUGACUCCGGAAAGUUAUCACUGGCUUUGAAGAAAUAUUUUAAGGGCUCUGGCAUUCAUCCUUUCAUCAAUGGAGUAAAUAAAGGGAUCCUCAAAUUGCUCACUAAGUCUGUUGGAAAAGAGAAUCAGAAAGAUUUUCUAGGGUUACUCUCUGCUGUACCUGAAAAUAUAGAUCUUACAUCACUCAUAAACCGUGAUGAACAAUCGAGUAAGCAAAAGAAGGGAAUACUAACUAAGGUGGAUAUUUUUCAUCUAUUGAUAAGGUUGUCCAAACUAAAAUGUGCUCAUGGUGGAUGCAAGAAACCCACUGAGCUGGAUUCUGGUGAUGACGAAGGUAAUUCAGAUUCUGAUGUAAAGCAAGUACCGACAAAAAAAAUCACUAAGAAAAUCGAAGGCCUAAUCAAGAAAUUUUUCAAAAACAUCAAUGAUCGGUUAGAUAGAGUACUUGGAGACAUAUCUGUGGGUUUGGAAAAAACAAUCAAAAAGUUACUUCACCGAGGAAAAAAUUUGGAGGUUCUCUUUGGACUUUUAUCGCAGUGGCCUAAGACAUGUGAUGCCAAGUCUAGUCUAGGAAUAACUGACGAUAAACCAAAAUCUAAGAGAGAAGGCUUGUUGCGUCAAACUGAGAUUUUACAAAUACUCGUCCAUCUUGCAAAAACUAAGUGCAAUCAUGGAGGAUGCAAAUUACUUAAUAUCGAGAGUUUUUUGUCGGAACAAGAUUCUGAUGACGACCAGACAAGUGAGGAUGAAUCCUCGAAACCACCUAAGCGUCAUCCUUCUAAGGGCAAGAACAAGGAAGGAGAUGCCUCUGAUGAAGAGGAAACUGAGAAAACACCUAAAAAAAAACCUCCUAAAAGUAAACCACCAAAGGAGUCUGAUGAUCAAGAAAAUUCUGGUGAAGAUGAUUCUCCAAAACCACCGAAACGUCAUCCCCCUAAAGAAAAAAAUGACGAAGAAGAUGAAUCUAGUCAGAAAGGACCUAAGAAACCAACUAAGGGAAAGCCACCAAAGGGAAAAUCUCCAAAAGAUGAUUCCGAUGAUGAAGAACAAUCUGGAGGAGACAAUUCUCAGAAACCUCCAAAGCGUCAUCCCUCUAAAGGAAACAAUGAUGAAGAAGAUGAAUCUGGCCAGGAAGAAAAUAAAAAACCAUCUAAAGGAAAGCCACCAAAGGGAAAACCUCCAAAAGAUGAUUCCGAUGAUGAAGAACAAUCCGAAGGAGACGAUUCUCAAAAACCACCAAAGCGUCAUCCCCCUAAAGAGAAAAAUGAUGAAGACGAUGAAUCUGGUCAAAAAGGUCCUAAGAAACCACCAAAAGGAAAGCCUUCAAAAGGAAAACCUCAAAAAGAUGAUUCCGGUGAUGAAGAACAAUCAGAAGGAGAUGAUUCUCAAAAACCCUCUAAAGGAAAAAAUGACGAAGACGAUGAAUCUGGUCAAAAAGGACAUAAAAAGCCACCCAAGGGAAAGCCACCAAAAGGAAAAUCUCCAAAAGAUGAUGAAGAACAAUCUGGAGGAGACGAUUCUCAGAAACCACCUAAGCGGAAUAAUGAUGAAGAAGAUGAAUCUGGCCAAGAAGGUCCUAAGAAACCACCAAAAGGAAAGCCUUCAAAAGGAAAACCUCAAAAAGAUGAUUCCGGUGAUGAAGAACAAUCAGGAGGAGAUGAUUCUCAAAAACCCUCUAAAGGAAAAAAUGACGAAGACGAUGAAUCUGGUCAAAAAGGACAUAAAAAGCCACCCAAGGGAAAGCCACCAAAAGGAAAAUCUCCAAAAGAUGAUUCUGAUGAUGAAGAACAAUCUGGAGGAGACGAUUCUCAGAAACCACCUAAGCGGAAAAAUGAUGAAGAAGAUGAAUCUGGCCAAGAAGGUCCUAAGAAACCACCUAAGGGAAAACCACCAAAGGGAAAAUCUCCAAAAGAUGAUUCCGAUGAUGAGGAACAAUCUGGAGGAGAUGAUUCUCAAAAACACUCUAAAGGACAAAAUGACGAUGAUGAUGAAUCUGGUCAAAAAGGACCUAAGAAACCAACUAAGGGAAAGCCACCUAAAGGAAAAUCUCCAAAAAAUGAUUCUGAUGAUGAAGAACAAUCUGGUGAUGAUUCUCAGAAACCACCAAAGCGUCAUCCCCCUAAAGGCAAAAAUGAUAAAGAAGAUGAAUCUGGCCAAGAAGGUCCUAAGAAACCACCUAAGGUAAAGCCACCAAAAGGAAAAUCUCCAAAAGAUGAUUCCGAUGAUGAAGAACAAUCCGAAGGAGAUGAUUCUCAGAAGCCACCUAAACGUAAUCCCCCUAAAGAGAAAAAUGAUGAAGAUGAUGAAUCUGGUGAAGUGGGUCCUAAGAAACCAUCAAAAGGAAAGCCACCAAAAGGAAAAUCCCCAAAGGAUGAUUCCGAUGAUGAAGAACAAUCAGAAGGAGAUGAUUCUCAAAAGCCCUCUAAAGGAAAAAAUGACGAAGACGAUGAUGGUCAGGAAGGACCUAAGAAACCACCUAAGGGAAAGCCACCAAAAGAAAAAUCUCCAAAAGAUGAUUCCGAUGAUGAAGAACAAUCUGCAGGAGAUGAUUCUCAAAAACCACCGAAGCGUCGUCCCACUAAAGAGAAAAAUGAUGAAGAAGAUGAAUCUGGUCAGGAAGAAUCUAAGAAACCAUCUAAAGGAAAGCCACCGAAAGGAAAAUCUACAAAAAAAGAUUCCGAUGAUGAAGAGAACAGUGAUAAACAAAAGCCAUCAAAGAAAAAAUCGACAGAAGGCGACUCAGAUGAUGAAGAACAAUCAGGAGACUCAUCCAAGAAGAAACAUAAAUCCGGCAAAGAUGAUUCUGAUGAUGAUGAGUCCCUUGAAUCCCCUAAACGCAAACAUAGACAUAGAACACAUAGAGAAUAUGAUAGGGAGGAACUUUCAGAGAGCGAUCAGCAACAAAGGUCUGAUAAAUCUAAUAAUAAUAAGAGUAAACACCAAAAAAGAUAUCACUACAAGGAAUACUAAGGUUAUUUUUCAACUGUUAUGUUAUAAAUAAAUGAAUCCGCAUUA